AUGUCAAACUUUGAGGCUUGCAAGCUUUACGAGGCUGUUAUUGAGGAGGUGAUCACAGAUUCUCGCCAAGAUUUUGAGGAUAGCGGGAUUGAUGAAGGUACACUUCAAGAUUUAAAAAAGCUCUGGUGCGAGAAGUUAAGUCAAUCUCGUGUUGGAAACUUCUCUUGGAAUGACUUGGACGACCUAGAUGGCAAUAUCCAUGCGAGCUUGAUCUCCCACCCCGUGAAAGAAGAAUCUCUUCAUGUGAACCAAGAGCUCGAGAUGCCUAUCCCGCAAUAUGAUCCUACGGAUGGUAAUCCUACAAAUGACCUAUCUAGUCAUUCAAAUUCAGGAUAUUCCAUGGGAAUAGAGUUACCGACCGUGAAGCAGGAGUACACUGAAGAAAACGGUUUGAUUCUUCCCAAAGUCAAUCAAUCUGAUGGUCCUAUCGAGUUCACCAUAGAGGCUGAUCAGAAAAAUCUCAAAUGGUAUAAAGCGUUAGCAAAGCGUCAAUCUGAUGGACCGAAUGAUGGUCUUGGUGAACUUCAUCGCCAAAGUGGUGUUGUUGGUAUUGGCGAGGAUGAUGAUGAUGAUGGAAUUUUCAACGAUUCUGACGAUAUCAAUUCAGAUCUAGAUGACGAGCUUGAUUCCGAGAAGUCAGAUGACGAGGACAUGGAGCAGGAAGGACAGAUAAUGCUUUGCUUGUACGAUAAGGUGCAAAGAGUUAAAAACAAGUGGAAAUGUAAUUUGAAAGAAGGUGUUGCAAAUAUUGAUGGCAGGGAUUACAGUGAAUGGUGA